UCCGGCUGAUGGCAAACUAGAGCAUAAUUGGAUCUAGACUCCCCAUGGAUAUCAUCUGAAGAAUAAUUGAUCCCUAAUAAAACGGACAGAUGAUCAAAAUUAAGAAAAUCGAGAAAGAGAAUGAAGGAGUUGGAGGAGAGAGAAAAUCCGAAAAAGAUCAGAGCUGGAUCCCAAAGAUGAUUAAAAAGAGAGUGUGCACCACCUUUGUGGAGGACUCAUCCAGUAGUGGGGCUUUGUGCCAGUGUGGUGGACCACAGGACAUUCAUGCAUCCAUAACGACAGGUGAUCAUGUGAUCAGCCAGUGGGACAGUGAAGAACACACCUCUGAAUACCCCACCGAUGCCUUUGGACAGCUGGAGUUUGCUGGAGCCGGACGCAGAAACAGUCCAUUUCUGCGCCUGGCACAUGAUACACCUCCGGACAAUGUGUACUCGCUGAUGAUGUCACAGUGGGGCCUGCCGAUACCCAAUCUGGUGGUGUCUGUGGUGGGGGGAGAGGGGAAAGAGAAGGUGAAACCCUGGGUGCGAGAAGUGAUCAGACAGGGUCUAGUCCGGGCCGCACAGAGCACAGGGGCUUGGAUCAUAACGUCAGGUCUGAGGGAGGGUGUUGGCCGUUGUGUAGGUGAGGCAGUAAGGGAUCAUUGUGCAACAGCUUCAUCUCUUUCCCAGGCCAAAGUUAUAGCUGUUGGUGUUGCGCCCUGGGGAUUGAUUUACCAACGUCAGCAACUCGUAAACCCACAGGGUAGUUUCCCAGCGCGGUACUAUGUGCACAACAUGCCCCAUGAAUGCAGCUGCCUGGACAACAACCACCAGGCCUUCCUCUUGGUGGAUGAUGGGAGUGUAGGACACAGAGGUAGUGAAACAAUGUUCAGAGCCAACCUGGAGGACUUCAUCUCCCAUCAGCGCACUGGCAUCUGGGGUGAGAGAAAGAAGACAGAAAGACAGGAAAUGGGCUUAGUUGGCUCUCAGACCCGCUUAGCUUUACCUGAUGAGAAUUACUCUUUCAAGAGCCACGCCACCACCCUCACCACCCCGUCUGCUGCUCGAGACCUCACCCUGUAUGAGGUUUCACGGGUGUUAUCAGAAAUCAUGGAAGAUGUCUGCCAGCCAUUUUACUACGCUCCUCUUGGAGUAGAACAGGGAUGGGCCUCAAGGAAAGCAAUGACGCAUGUGAAUAAGUUGCUGCGAACUGAGAGUGUGUACCGGAAACAGCGCUGUAUGUCUCCCUGGAUAGCUCUGUUCAUUUGGGCUGUUCUUCAGAAUCGCAGAGAAAUGUCUAUCUACUUCUGGGAAAUGGCGGGGGAGUCGGUGCUAAGUGCUCUUGCUGGGUGUAAGAUAUUAAGAGAGCUCGCCAAGUUGGAGACAGAGACUGAGACCAAGCUUUCCAUGAAAGAACUUGCUCAAACCUUCGAGAAUCUGGCACAUGAUGUGUUCAGUGAGUGUUACCAGAGCAAUGAGAGCCGCUCUUUCAAGCUUCUCAUCAGACAGUCACCUGUAUGGGGUAGCGCCACCUGUCUGCAGAUGGCCACCGCGGCUGACGCCCGCCUCUUCUUCAGCCAUGAUGGAGUGCAGACUUUACUGUCAGAGAUUUGGUGGGGGGACAUGGACAGCAAUACAGAAGUGUGGAAACUAGUCCUUUCGUUUUUCCUGUCUCCCUUGAUCUACACCAACCUCAUCAGUUUCAAGGAGCAGGAGAAGGACGAAAAGCCAGAGGAAUUUCAUCAGGGUAAAGAAUUAGACAGCGUCGAUGGAGCCGAGUCAUUGGCUGAUGUUAUAAACACGGAGGACGACGUGGAGGAAUGUAAAGCUUUAAGAGGAAAACCGAAAGCAUCAAAGGCGAUCACUCUAAAACGGCCUUUUUUAUUGCACCGAUGGCGGCAGUUCUGGUUUGCACCGGUCACUUCGUUUCUAGGCAACGUGUUGAUGUACUUCCUCUUCCUUUUCCUGUUUGCUUACAUCCUAUUGGUUGACUUCAAGCCCCCGCCUCCCGACGGACCCGCCCCCUCAGAGCUUGUGUUGUAUUUCUGGGUUUUUACUCUGGUCUGUGAGGAGAUUCGACAGACGUUUUUUGUAGGAUCUACCACUGUACUUCAAAGGAUGAAGUUGUACAUCCAAGACAUCUGGAACAAGUGUGACAUCACGGCCCUCGCGCUCUUCAUUCUUGGGCUUCUCUGCAGGAUGUUUCCACGGACGUAUCAUUUCGGUCGUGCGGUACUGUGUGUCGACUAUGUGGUCUUCACGCUCAGACUCAUUCAUAUAUUUGCAGUUCACAAACAACUUGGUCCCAAAAUAAUAAUAGUUGGGAAAAUGGUGAAAGAUGUGUUUUUCUUCCUGUUCUUCCUGGGGGUGUGGCUAAUGGCAUAUGGAGUAGCCAAUCAGGCGCUGCUGUACUCCUAUGACUCUCGUCCUGGUUGGAUAAUUCGGCGCGUGUUCUACAGGCCAUACAUGCACAUAUAUGGGCAGAUACCACUGGAUGAAAUUGAUGCUGACAAGCGACAGGAGAGAGAGUGUACAGAUAAUGUCACGCUCAUCCAUCAGGGGGCGGAGCCAUGCCCACAGUCUGAUGCUAACUGGCUGGUUCUUAUUCUGCUGUCAGUCUACUUGUUGGUCACCAAUAUUCUGUUGGUGAACUUGCUCAUUGCAAUGUUCAGUUACACAUUCAAUAAAGUCCAGGAGCACAGUGAUGUACACUGGAAGUUCCAGCGCUACAACCUGAUCGUGGAGUACCACUCGCGCCCCUGCCUCUCCCCGCCCUUCAUCAUCAUCUCCCACCUCCAUAUCUUCUUCAAAAGAGUCAUUCAGAGAUUGCCCUCCAAUAAGAGCCAACACUUUAUGUUGGACCUGAAAAGCAAAGAGGCCAGUUUGCUAAACACAUGGGAGUCGACGCUGAAGGAGAACCUGCUUUCCACACAAGGAAAGAAACAACGAGAGAGCGACACGGAGCGGCUCAAACGCACCUCCACAAAGUCAGUCAACCCUGUUACUACUGUCAACUCCUGCUGACACGAUCACGAUCGCAGGUUGAGAAAACUGGAGUCGGAGGUGGAGUACUGCUCUACUGCCCUCUCCUGGAUAGUGGAGGCGCUGUCUCAGAGCGAUCUUGUAAAGCAGACACGUCCACCUCCUCUUCCUUCCAAAGGUAUUGCUUCUAAACGGCCCACUUUUUCCAGAUCAAAAUUAUGCUGAUAAUGCAGAUACGUAAUCGUGUGCAUAUUUUAUGAACUUAUUUUUUGUAUGAUUCUUUGUGCCAUUUCAGCUUGACAUGUUAAAUGUCAAGAAGACAUUGUUUUUAUCAGAUUUCUUACAUUGUAUCAGAAAGAAUGAUAUGAUUUGUUCUAAAGUUUUGAAAUAUCAUAUUUUGAUUUAAUUAUUUGAGUUGACAAACCACACCUAGGGGCAUGGAGAAAACUCUCCUUUGAUAGAAAAGAAAAAGAAAACAAUAAAAAUAAUGUAUUUAUGAUCAGAAAAU